GUUAGCAGUGCCAUGGAAGGACGUUUGGAGACGGAUUUGUAUCCUCUGGGAUCCAGCUACAUCUCUGAUCUAGAUCGUGUCCAUGAUACUACAGUCGGCACAAAGAGAAGCUCAGACGAACUCUUCUCCUCCUGCGUAUCUAACGGUCCGUAUAUCAUGAGCUCAGGCGCAGCCAACGGUAACGACAGUAAGAAGUUUAAAAGUGACAUCAGGGGUCCCGGCGUUCCCUCUCGGGUCGUCCACGUCCGAAAGCUUCCCAACGACAUCAACGAAGCCGAGGUGAUUUCAUUAGGACUUCCCUUCGGUAAAGUCACCAACCUGCUGAUGCUCAAGGGUAAAAACCAGGCGUUUCUGGAGAUGAACACUGAGGAUUCGGCUCAGACGAUGGUGAAUUAUUACUCCACCGUCACUCCGGUCAUCAGAAAUCACCCCGUCUACAUGCAGUACUCCAACCACAAGGAGUUAAAGACCGACAACUCGCCCAACCAAGUGCGUGCCCAGGCGGCGCUGCAGGCGGUCACUGCGGUCCAGACGGCCGGCGUUUCUCUGAGCAGCGUAGAUGCUGUAGGAUCAGGGACCCACAGUCCUGUACUCAGAGUGAUUGUGGAGAACCUCUUCUACCCCGUUACUCUGGAGGUGCUGCACCAGAUCUUCUCCAAGUUUGGCACGGUGCUGAAGAUAAUCACCUUUACCAAAAACAACCAGUUCCAGGCUCUCGUUCAGUACCCAGAUACCAUGACCGCCCAGCACUCCAAACUGUCUCUGGAUGGUCAGAACAUCUAUAACGCCUGCUGCACCCUCCGCAUCAGCUUCUCCAAACUCACCAGCCUGAAUGUAAAAUACAACAACGAUAAGAGCAGAGACUACACUCGUCCUGAUCUCCCCACCGGAGACGGUCCAGCUUUACUCGACCCCCAGACCCUCACCCCUGCUGCCUUCACUCCUGGUUUAAUCUCUGCCUCACCCUUCGCGAGUGCUCAUGGUUUCUCUCCAGCGUUCGCCAUCCAGCAGGCAGCAGGUUUGUCUCUCCCCGGUGUUCCCGGUGCUCUGGCGUCUCUGGGAGUUCCUGCCGCCGCCGCGGGUCGAUUUGCUUUCGCGGGUCUUAACGCGAGCGUGCACACCGUCCUGCUGGUCAGCAAUCUCAACCCUGAGAGCGUUACGCCCCAAUGCCUCUUUAUUCUUUUCGGUGUGUAUGGAGACGUGAUGAGAGUGAAGAUCCUCUUUAAUAAGAAGGAGAAUGCCCUGGUGCAGAUGGCAGAUGCCACACAGGCACAGCUGGCCAUGAGUCACCUGAAUGGACAGAAGCUCCAUGGAAAGUCUCUACGCGUGACCCUCUCCAAACACACCACGGUGCAGCUUCCGCGGGAGGGACACGAGGACCAGGGUCUCACUAAAGAUUACAGCAGCUCUCCUCUCCAUCGCUUCAAAAAGCCUGGAUCCAAGAACUACUCCAACAUCUUCCCUCCGUCCUCCACCCUGCACCUCUCCAACAUCCCACCCGCGGUGCAUGAAGAUGAUCUGAAAGAACUGUUCAGAAGCUCAGGAGCAACCGUCAAGGCCUUCAAGUUUUUCCAGAAGGACCACAAGAUGGCGCUGAUCCAGCUGGACUCUGUGGACGAGGCCAUCGAGUCUCUGAUUGAAUUCCACAAUCACGAUUUGGGUGAGAACCAUCACCUCCGCGUCUCCUUCUCCAAAUCCACCAUCUAAAGGUCAGCUGGUCCAAUCAGGAGAGAGCCAGGAGUUUAACGACAGACCAAACUGAAGCCUUCCACAAUCUGUACUGCUGUGGGACACACACACACACACACACACACACACACACACACACACACGCGCUAUAAUUCCUGUGUAAUACAUACACGUCUAUACUCGCUCACUCAAUCAUUCCUUCUCUUGUUAUUCUUGUAUAUUCACACACUUGAUCAUUCCUGUUAUUAUUAUAGAUUUAUAUUUACACGCGUGUGUAUGUGAACACGCCACUUCACACCAGAGGAAACAAAACAAGCCCAUUAUUUUAAUCUGGGUCUGAUUUCUGAUCUGAUUCUGUAGUUGGAUUGGAUGUAGUGUGUAGAUCCUCUGCUGUGAAAUAUUUUGUAGUCUGAUCUGUAACUGUACUCAUUUAUAUAUCUACACUUAUUGUUUUCUAUGGGAAUUCUGGGAAAUUGAGUUUUGUAAUUGUAUAUGCUGCCUAGUUUACAAUCAGUGCCUCUAUCACACACACCCCCACACACACACACACACACAGCCUUUGGUAGAACGCCGUGCCUUGAUUGCGUCUCUGAUGAAGCACUUGCAGCUUGUCACAUUCACAAUGCAUUGUUUCCUCAAUUUUCCUCCAAAAUUAGUCGUAUCCAAUUCCCCUCUACUGCUGCAGACCUCCACUCCUGACCGAGGAGAGUCGUGACUAACACACGCCCCCUCCAACAUGUGUGCAGCACCGACCGCUUCUUUUCACCUGCACCUGGCAAGAGUCAUGGCACCAAUCUGCAUUAUCAUUAUCCCCCACCUCUAUGCAUUGCCAUCGAUCAGCCAGCAGAGGGCAUACAAGCCAAUAUUGGCACCCGAGCAUUGUGAGUUUGAAAUGUCGGCACUGUUGUGCUAGCAUGUUUUGCUCGUGUGUCAUCCAAGCGCCCCUCACGUUUCAAAUCUGAGUGUUUCUUGUUUUUAAAGGCUCAUGUUUUUGUUUGGAUAUAAAGCAGGUGGUGCUGAAUGUAGCGGGAGAAUCUGGUUUUGCUUCUGGAUCAGACUUGAUCAGGCGAGGCUGCAGGAAUCUGAUUCUCCUAAUCCACAGAAUGAAAACCUUUACAUUUUUCUUUCUAAGCUUUUUUUUUUUUUUUGUGGUUUAGAUUCGAUAUAAAUCAGGUUAUUUUGCCUGUUCAGCCUAGUAGGUAAGAAUUACUCUUUCUAGUCCAGAUUUAAAAUUCUCCUCUCUUUACAAACUUCUAGUUUGGUUUAAUUGAACAUAUUUAGUUUUACAGCAGGUUUAAUCAGAAAACUAAGCAAAGCUUGUUGAUCUGUCUGACUUGUAGUCCACAUUGAGAUGACGUAUCGAGACCGUUUUCUUGUUGUAGAUGAACGGCUGAGAUCCUCUUUGUACAGAAGCAUGGUUACCUGCUAUAGUGUUUCUUUUUCCUUCAAAGGACGGGUUAAAGUUGUGAGCCCAAACAUGUCUUUUGUCCUUUAUAAAAAAAAAAGUCUUGCCCGUGAUACUUAACAGAAGAGAUGCUGAAGUCGUUCUUGUGCUUAAUAAGUAAUAGUACAUGUGGUUGAGGAGAAUACAGAGCAUAGCGUGACCCUCUGUACGUGGUGCAGCUCUCUGUGAUUCCACCAGCGCCAGCAUCUCCACGCGUGUAGGAAGAGGCAGGUGCUAGUCUGCGGCUCUCCUCUGCCAGCAUGGCCACAGUGCAUGCGACAGAAAUUGUAAUAGGGGAAUUGGAAAUAAAAAGAACUGAUUAACAUUAUGUAUUUUUAUACGCCACAGCUUUAGCUCGUAUACUCUAUAUACUGGUCAGAUUAUUAUUCUUCACGUUUGUUCCUUUUAUAAUCUUUUAUACACACGUGCACAGUUUUAUAUCACAUCUGUGUGGGAUUUGUACCGAUGACAUCACUGUGCCUUAGCACUUCACAUUCUCUUCUCGAGUCUGCAGGGUUAAACACACAGCUCAAGGCUUAAGAGCACAAACUCGGCAGCAGAAAUGUCUCUUUAUAUCCAGACAUUCUCGUAUUUCCAAUACGUUUAGCUUCAGGUGUUUACAGGUGCAUUAUAGGACCUUUGAACCAAAUCAUGUUUCAUUUGCAGCUCUAGAACGUCACCAUGUCUUAAAAUCCAGUGUGGAACAAAUAGUUUCAGCACUUGCUUAGUGUAAGCAAAGUACCUAAAAAUCUGGGGACCAGCCUGAGUUUGUUCCCAUGUGUUAAGCUAAACAUGUUCCUGAUAACCAAACAAAAAUAUGAGGCGUAAUUCUGAACACUUGUGCAAACUCUGUGCCAUCCAGCAACUGGAACAGUGGUUAAAAUACUGGACUCAUCAGAAAGUCACUGGUUUAAGUCCCACCACUACCAAGUUGCCACAGUUGUGCCCUUGAGCAAGACUCUUAACCCUCAAUUAAGUGCCUCAUGGACCAAAUACAUGCAAACAAAAACAUGCCAAACUCCUUACAGUAACUGAACAUGAGCCAGUGUGCAUUGGCCUGCAUGGUCAGGAAAAGCAGGAUGGCCAAUCUCCUUGUUGCUGCAACAGCACCUUCUACUGUCUGGUUUAGGUACCAGUAGGAGUGGUGGAGAGGUACAGAGAGUGUAGUGUGUCCCUCCAUACAUCUUAGCUCUCUGUAAGAAUCCAUCACUGUAUGGUGUUCGGGACUACUGGUGGCGGUAUAAGUGUCAUGGAGGGCUUGUGCAAGCUCUAAAUUAGAAUAAAUUGGUUGAAUAAUUAAAAAAAAAAAUGUAAUAAGUUUGCUGAUCACCCAUGUGGGCUGAGAGAAACAUGGAGUUUGUUUCAUUGCUUUGGCUGAAGUGUUUAAUAUUUCAACAUGUUUGCAAGACAUCGAAGACAUUUCAGUAUGAAUGUUUUUCUCGGCUCCAUUUGAUUUAUUUUCAUUUUUGAGGGGAAAUUGAUGUUUGUUUGUUUUUCUUCUUUUCUUUCACUUGUGAUUGAAUACAAAAUGAAAGUCUUAAACGGUUUUGAAAGAGUUUAUUUGUUAAUUAAGAGACCAAACCAGUUGUCAUGGUCCAUGUUCUCCCCUCUGUGAUGAGAAAUCAGAUGCAUGUUCUGUAUAUUUUGAUAAAUCUGGAAUUGUAAAGCAUUUAUGUUUUCUAUGACGCAGAAUAUUAAAGAUUUUCAGCAGCG